AUGGAUAGUGAGUACUUAGAAUCUACUCCAGAUGUAGAUACUGCUGCGGAUCCCAUUAUUAAACAAUCGAAACCACCUCUUGACUCGAGGAUAGGCAGGGAUGCACCAUUUGUGUUUGGCCAGCGAUAUCUUGAAAAUGAAGAAGAUGUAUUUAAUCAUAAUGCCUGGGAUAAUGUAGAAUGGGGAGAAGAACAAAUAAAUCAAGCGCGAGAAAUGAUUGCAAAGCAAUACGAGUCUCCAGUUAAGGAUUACGACAAAUCAUUAUUCAAUGCCAAUCCCGCGAAAUAUUGGGAUAUUUUUUAUAAGCAGAAUAAAGAUAAUUUCUUUAAAGAUCGAAAAUGGUUACAGAUUGAGUUCCCAUUGUUGUAUAAAGUCACUGCAAAGGAUUAUCAAGAACCAACCACAAUUUUGGAAGUUGGAUGUGGCGCAGGCAACACUUUUUAUCCGAUUUUAAACCAAAAUGGAAACAAGAACUUGAGAUUAUUUGGAUCUGAUUAUUCCAAAGUGGCAGUAGAUUUGGUGCGAUCGAAUGAGACAUUUGCCAGUCAACAUGAACAGGGAAUAGCUCAUUGUUCAGUAUGGGACUUGGCUAACCCAGAGGGACUAUUACCAGAAGGCAUGGAGCCGAAUUCUGCAGACAUUGUGAUAAUGGUUUUUGUCUUUUCAGCAUUACACCCUAAUCAAUGGAAACAGGCUGUGGAGAACCUUGCACAGAUAUUGAAACCUGGUGGAACAAUUUUGUUUCGAGAUUAUGGACGAUACGAUUUGGCACAAGUGCGUUUUAAGAAGGGCAGACUAUUGGAGGACAAUUUCUAUGUACGAGGUGAUGGAACAAGAGUUUAUUUUUUCACAGAAGAGGAAUUGGAACAGAUUUUUUGUGAAAACGGUCCGUUUGUAAAAGAGAUGAUUGGUACUGAUAGAAGAUUAUUGGUGAAUAGAAAGAAGCAAUUGAAAAUGUACCGAAACUGGUUACAAGGUGUUUUUAAAGCAUGA